GGGAAGCAUCUUGCUGUACUUGAGUUGUGCAUUAGCAUGAAUUCAUCUACAAGUUUGAAGGUGCGCUUGCCAGUGCUCGUGUUAGUGCUGGAGGUUGCAAUUGUAACUCUAUAUGGUUUGUUUGUUACUUACGAUGACAAUGCCAAUGCUAAGCUGCAAAACAAUGAGACCAACCCCAUGGACAACUCCUUGUACCGUGACUACCCCUACUUUGCUGACGUGCAGGUGAUGAUCUUCGUUGGCUUCGGCUGCUUGCUCGCCUUUUUCCGAUUCUACGGCUUCAGUGGAAUGGUCUUCAACUUUCUAACAGCUACAUUCGCAAUCCAGUGGGCAGUCCUAGUUCAAGGGUUCUUCCAGUUUUACUAUGGUGGUAAAAUUCAUCUGGGGGUGAUCAACUUGCUGAAUGCAGAGUUUGCCUGUGCUGUGGUCCUCAUCUCCUUUGGAGCAGUGCUUGGGAAGACCAGUCCUGUCCAGCUGCUAGUCAUGGCUUUGCUGGAGAUCCCUGUCUUUUCUGUGACAGAGUGGGCCGUGCUGAAAUACAUCAGGAUCAAUGAUGCAGGUGGCACUAUUCUUAUUCACCUGUUUGCCUGCUACUUUGGUCUAGGGGUUACAUUUAUUCUGUAUCGGCCAAAAUUAAACGAUGGACACCCUAAAGAGAUCACUAGUUAUCAUUCUGACAUCCUGUCUGUAAUGGGAACUCUUUUCCUCUGGGUCUUCUGGCCUUCAUUCAACUCUGCUCUUACUCUUAAGGGCGAUGACCAACACAGAGCGAUACUCCACACUUUUAUAGGUCUGAGCUCAUCCACUAUGACUGCCUUUGCACUUUCUGCAUUGUUCAAUAAGAGAGGCAAGCUCACAAUGGCUGAUAUUCAGAAUGUGACUCUGGCUGGUGGUGUUACUGUCGGGGCUUCUGUGGACAUGAUGAUUUCCCCUGUAGCUGCGUACGUACUGGGCAUCUUGGGUUGUACUGUGUGCUUCUUCGGUUACAAGUACCUCACCCCCUUUUUGGCCACACACAUGAGAAUCCAAGAUCAAUGUGGCAUUCACAAUCUCCACGGACUGACUGGCCUCGUAUCGUCCACAGCAGGGAUCUGUGCCAUCCUGCUAGCCACCGAAGAAACCUACGGUCCCAGCAUGUACCAGAUCUUUUCCCACAGAGCUCCACCUGAGGGAGAUCCAAAGCUGCUUGAGCUGCAGCAGCUGAUUCCUGGCCUGAAGCCAGGCUUGGGUCGCAGUGCACAGGAACAAGCUUUAUACCAGGUCGCAGCUAUCUUCUCCGCAAUUGCAGCAUCUACAGUUGGUGGGCUGCUCACUGGACUGGUCAUGAACUUGCCCUUCAUGGCAUCGCCGUCUGACAAGGACUGCUUUGAUGAUGAGCUUUUCUUUGACACCCCCUCUGACUUUGAAAGCAUAGAUGUGAUAUCAAAACCCCAAAUAAGCUGUGAUGAUGAUGAUAAAGCAAAAAUGUCUAUGAACAGCAAAGUAUGAGGAGUCAUACAAACAGCUUUUAAGCAUUUUGCUGACAGUCAGUAUUAAUGUAACUUUAAAUUUCUAAAUUGUUACAAAUAAACCAACAUGUAGCAACAAUUAACAUUUUUACCUCAGAGAGUGCAGUGCUGCAUAACUGAGAGUGACAAAUAUAACAGCUGCAAAGGGGUUCUUGAUCAGAUGUCAUGUAUUUGGUGCUGUUUCUGUGAAUCUUGCUGUUGGUAUUUUCCAUGUGAAAUUAUGAAUUAUAUAACCAUGGAAUGUAUUAAAUUUACUAAUUCCUGUUUCAAAUUUUAAAUUAUGUCAUAACCAUAUCAGUGUCUCUUUUCUACUGUUGCUCUGGAGGUUUCAGACUGAUUUUGUGUGUCUUGAGACAUUUUGUUAUUGAAGUUAUAUAAAUAAAAUUGAAUUAAACUGAAUUGAAUGUA